UUCUCGCGCUCCAGCGGAAACCGACUCCUCAGUCCUGCGCGUUUCCUCCCGGUUUUGUCAUCUCUGAGUUUACAACCCUGAAAGAGGAAUCUGUAAGUUUUAGUCUUCUAGUUUUUCAGAACCACUGAAUCGAAAGAGUUGGAAGCAAAAAAAAAAAAAAAUCAAAGGCUCAGAAGAAAAGAAGAAGAUCCAGAGUGAUGUGAGCCAUCACACAGCUGGAACUCAGUCUAACUACUAAUACUGAAACCCACCGCGACCUUUCAGACUCUUAAAGGGACCAGUUUUUCCGAGGCUGUUUAUUGGUUUUGGAGUAUUAUGAAUGGUACACGCACCGUCAUGGAGCUCAUUGCCAGCUCGAGAGGUGCGUGGUGAAGAACUGAGGAGCAUCAUGAAGGUCUUGACGCUUUGCGACGGCGCUGCUGCGGCCUGCGCGCUCCUGUGGAGCUUCUUGGGCUGCUGCUUGUUCUUCCAGAGCGGCCAGUGCGCUUUAGGGGACAACCAUGUCCACUCGAGCUUCAUUUACAGACGCUUGAGGAACCACGAGCGCAGAGAAAUCCAAAGGGAGAUCCUCUCCAUCCUGGGUUUGCCCCAUCGCCCGAAACCUUUCUCUCCGGCUAAGCAGGCAUCCUCGGCUCCUCUCUUCAUGCUCGAUCUGUACAACGCCAUGGCGACCGAGGAAGCAGAGGACGAGGACGCACUUCUGGAGAACACGGGCACUAUGAACUCCGUGGGAACUUCGCGUAAAAGCGCUCCGUAUGGAUAUUCCCGUGCGCCCGCGGCCUUGUCAAGUCAGAGUCCACCUCUGGCGACUUCACACGACGCAAACUUUCUCAACGAUGCCGACAUGGUCAUGAGCUUUGUGAAUCUGGUGGAGAGAGACAGGGAUUUUUCCCACCAGAGGAGACACUAUAAAGAGUUCCGUUUUGACCUAACUCAAAUUCCGGAUGGGGAGGCUGUAACAGCAGCAGAGUUUCGCAUCUAUAAAGAUCGCAGUCAUGGGAGAUAUGAAAACGUCACACUAAAGGUCUCCAUAUAUCAGGUGACCAAGGAAUAUCAAAACAGGGAUGCAGAGACUUUUUUGCUUGAUUCGAAGAAAAUCCGUGCCUCGGAUGGAGGAUGGCUGGUGUUCGACAUCACAGCCACCAGUAACCACUGGGUGCUUAACCCACAGCAGAACAUGGGCCUUCAGCUCUGUGUAGAGACCAUGGACGGUCGAAGCAUCAACAUGAAAUCCGCUGGGAUCAUUGGCAGGAGUGGGCCGCAGUCCAAGCAGCCUUUUCUUGUGGCAUUUUUCAAAGCCAGCGAAGUGUUGCUGCGCUCUGUAAGGGCUACAGGAGGGAAGAGAAAGAAUCCUAGCAGAAACAAAGGCAGAAGUCAACCAAAAACCUCACAGGCUUCCAGGAUUGGAGAUCAAAACAUCAGUGAACAGAAGCAGGCCUGCAAGAAGCAUGAGCUUUAUGUCAGCUUCCGUGAAUUAGGAUGGCAGGACUGGAUAAUUGCACCCGAGGGCUAUGCAGCAUUUUACUGUGAUGGAGAAUGCUCAUUCCCCCUCAAUGCACAUAUGAAUGCAACAAAUCAUGCGAUUGUGCAAACUCUGGUCCACCUCAUGUUUCCUGAUAAUGUGCCAAAGCCUUGUUGUGCACCAACCAAGCUGAACGCAAUAUCUGUGCUAUACUUUGAUGACAGCUCAAACGUAAUUCUGAAAAAAUACCGCAAUAUGGUCGUCAGGUCUUGUGGGUGCCAUUGAAGUCCGUAUAUUUUGGGGCUUGCUUUCUGAAGACACCUCAGCCCUUGGUUUGCGAUACAUCACACUGUCAGUGAGGUUUAUACAUCAAGUUUGUUUUAAUUGGAGACUCCAGAGUAUUUUUUUAAACCUGCCACUUCUAUAAUAUUGCUGGAAUAAGACAUACCAGAUCGAUAGUUUUGAGAUUUACAAUGGUGUACAGUGUUAUGUAUAUAUUAGCUCAUGAAUGUGCUUAUUUAUUUGGCUUUAUUUUGAAAUAAUAGAAGACUCAUUGAACAUUUACCACUUGCAGAUAAUAAAUGCUGUUUACUAAAAACGUGUUUGAGGCCAGUCAAGUAAGCAGCAGCUAUGAUUUCCCCUUUGAUAAUGAACAAUAUUUCUGGUGAUUUUAAAUGCCGGAGUUUUGAUUCCUUUCAGACUUUACAUGCAUUUAUAUUAGUAAUUUGAAUAAUAUAUAUAUUUUUUGCAAAAUAUUUCA